AUGGCUAAUCCUGGUGGGAAUGUGCCUCGACGACCUCGUUCUUCUAUAAUGGGAGGACUUCAGCAGUUUACUAAUGCUUUGAUCAAUGCUCUUCCGGGUCAUAGGCCCAAUCGGACGUAUAUCGAAAUUGCUAGAAGCCAUGGAGUUACUGAUUUGGAAACUGUGGGAAAUGGUGAGGAGGCUGAGCAGUGGUUAGAAAAGAUGGAGGAUACCUUGGAGGUUAUGAAAUGUCCACUAAAUGAAUGGGCAAACACAGCAGCGUAUUUUAUUCAGGGUGAUGCUAGAAGUUGGUGGAGAACAACGAGGGAAUCUCGUCCGCCUGGUUCUUUGAUGACAUGGGCUGCCUUCCGGAAACGUUUUAUUGCUUACUUUCUAAGCCCCAGUUACAGAUUGAGGAAAAGGCAAGAGUACUUAGAGUUCCGACAGGGUGACCUCAGUAUCACAGAAUUUGAUAGUACUUUCAGGCGUUUGGCCAGGCAUUAUGAUGGGACAUAUGAUAAUCCGCAGGCACAGAUGGAUCAGGCGAUGUUUGCACUGAACCAGGAGUACCGUACACUGGUAGCUGCUCAGAGACCCAAAACUUAUGAGGAAAUAAUUGAAAUAAGCCUGAGUAUAGAACAGUCCAAGUGGGAUACUGAGAUACAGGAUCGACCUCAGGCUUGGAGCCAGCCUCAGAGACAGAAUUGA